CUAAAGAGACUCACCAGCCUCUUUCCUGUCCCCCCAAAAUGGGUGCUGGGAGGACCCUCUGGAUGGUGGCUCUCCUAGUGAGCACCAUGAGGCUGGCUCCCUUCAUGUCUGAAGGCAGAGACUCCCCAGAGGAUUUUGUGAUUCAGGCGAAGGCGGACUGUUACUUCACCAACGGGACAGACCAGGUGCGCUUCGUGGUCAGGUUCAUCUUCAACCUGGAGGAGUAUUUACAUUUCGACAGUGACCUGGGGAUGUUUGUGGCGCUGACAGAGCUGGGGGAGCCUGAUGCUGAGCAGUGGAACAAACGCUGGGACCUCGUGGAGCAGAGCAGAGCGUCUGUGAACAUGGUCUGCAGGCAGAACUACAAGCUGGGGGCCCCCUUCACCGUGGGGAGGAAUGUGCCUCCGGAGGUGACAGUGAGCCCAGAGAGGACCCCGCUGCUGCAGCAACACAAUCUGCUGCUCUGCUCUGUGACAGGCUUCUAUCCCGGGGACAUAAAUGUUAGGUGGUUUCGGAACGGACAGGAGCAGAGGUCUGGGGUCAUGUCCACUGGCCUUGUUAGGAACGGAGACUGGACCUUCCAGAAGACAGUGACGCUGGAAAUGACCCCGGAGCUUGGUGACGUCUACAGCUGCCUGGUGGAGCACCCCAGCCUCCAGAGCCCUGUUUCUGUGGAGUGGGUGGCUCAGUCUGAAUAUUCGUGGAAGAAGAUACUGAGUGGAGGCGCAGCGUUCCUGAUUGGGCUAAUCGUCUUCCUGGUGGGGGUUGUUAUCCACGUCAAGGCUCGCAAAGCAUCUAUGGAGACCCGGUCAGGCGAUGAGGUCUCAAGAGCUUCUCCACCUCAUCUCCAGUAAGAUCCUAACGGACACUUCUCCCCCAGAGCGUGAAGGAGUGUCAAAAUCCAGGACCCUGGGGCCGGUAAAGAACCCUGGCUCUAGAGUCAUGAGAUGCGGCUUGUAUCUUCCUCUUUGGUCCUUCUCCCCCCUGCCUGUACUCAGUAGUCCCCAUUUCCAGGACACUGUCCAGAGAUUCCCUUAGGACCUAAUUCAUUCUGGCUCUGAGUUGUUUUAGUCUCUGUGGUCAGACUCUAACCCUGUGAGUGGGGACCCCAGUCUUUCUGUCUUCCAGCCAUGGCUUCCAGUCUUCCAGGUGGUCACUUUAAAAUCCCUUGCUUUGUAAAACAAAACAGGCAUAGAUAACUGUAGUAAAUGUAUAAUUCAGUGACUUAUUUAAGACAAAGCCCUUGUAAUUACCAACUCAGCAGGACACAGACCUUGGCAGUCUCUGAACAACUCAUCAUCUGCCUUGGCCAAUAAACACCUGCAGGCACACACUAUACUGUGGGGUUAUUUAACAGCCUCUUCAGCCAGGUGUACAUCUGAGUACCACACUCCUUUGCUUUCUUGUGUCUUAGACCUCCAGAUGUUUUAUUUUAUCCCUUCUAUCUGUUAGGAUUAAAUUUGUUGAGAAGCCUGAGUCACCCAUGGUGAAGAGUUUCCCACACUUGGAGUUUGUUCCCUGCACACUCAUGGCCCACCAAACACACGGUU